GCAAUGCGUUAUAAUUUACAAGCACAGCAGCAGCAGCUGCAACAACAGUUGCAACAGCAGUUGCAACAACUGCAGCUGCAGCAGCAACAGCAGCAGCAGCAUCAUGCAUCAAAAUAUUGGCCACAAUUGCAUCCACAGCCGCAGCAGCAGCAGCCACAGCCACAGAUUUUCCACCCACAACAGCAACACAUGAUGCAUGCCCAACAACAACAACCACAGCAACGCCAGCAAUUGCUUCCAGGACGCUUCAAUUACAAAUCAAAUGCUAAUGCAAACACCAACAGUUGGCUAGAAAAUAUGGAACUCUUCCCUUUGGAUAUGUCCCCAGAGGAUUUGACUGCUGCCCAAAUGUAUGCCAUUCAUGGUGAAAAUUUCUUUGAAAUGCCGAUGGGCAAAAGAUAUAAACGCAGUCUCAAUGCAGUGUCAAUGUUGCCAUCACGACAACAACAGCAGCAGCAGCAACCACAGCAACAAGUUUAUCCACAAUCUGGCAUAGGCUGCAUCGUUCCUGGUGGUGCUAGUGGAAAUGCCAUGAACUUUGGGCAUUUGACUGGCAUGCAUGGCCGAAACUUGCCAUCUGCAACUGGGCCCUCGGCUGCUUUGGCAUCAGCAGCUCCUCUAUAUUGCUCGAAUAUACCUCCUACUCAAGGAUAUUUGGGUCAGUGGCGUAUGACCCCGCCGUUUAAUUCCGUAUCCACUGUCGGUCCAGCUGGCGGGAAUGGCAUUGCGACAGCUCAAUUUGAUCAGAUGAUGUCAUCGUCAGUUCCUAACUCGCCACCGACUUCAUCCGCUUCGGCUGUUGGUGUCCGUCAUGCCUUAAAGUUUAAUGCCGUCAAUUUUCCGCCACUGCCAGUACCAAAUCAAAAGCGCAACCAAAAGGAUUGAACAACGCCAUUUUAAAUGUUCUUUCGCUACCAUUUUUUUUUUUGCAUUGGUUUAAAAAUUCACAGAUCUCAGUCGACCAGAGUUUUGUAUAAUACAAUAUUAUAGGUUACACAAUUUACACGUCCAUUUUUUUGUUUGCUAGCUCGAUUUAAAACAAUGUAAUAAAUGCUUUCAAAUUCAAAAAA